GUGAAAACCAGCGGAUAUAAAGUGAAUCAGAAACAAAGGAAACACGCACUCGUCUUUGCGAAGUGGUAUGCUUUUACAGUGUUGCAGGGAUGCCCAAGGAAAAAUAUGAUCCGCCAGACCCCCGGCGGAUGUACACUAUCAUGUCCAGUGAGGAGGCAGCCAGUGGGAAGAAGUCAUACUGGGCUGAGCUGGAGAUCAGUGGUAAAGUGAAGAGCCUGAGCAGUGCAUUGUGGUCUUUGACUCACCUCACCGCUCUGCAUAUCAGUGACAAUUCCCUGUCACGCAUCCCGCCAGACAUUGCCAAACUACACAACCUGGUGUAUCUGGACCUCUCCUCCAAUAAAAUCAGAAGCCUGCCAGCCGAGCUAGGCAACAUGGUUUCUCUCAGGGAACUGCUUUUAAACAACAACCAGUUGCGAGUUCUGCCUUUCGAGCUGGGAAAACUGUUUCAGCUUCAAACGUUGGGGUUAAAAGGAAACCCACUUGCACAAGAAAUCUUGAACCUCUACCAGGAGCCCGAUGGGACACGUCGACUUCUCAACUACCUGCUGGACAAUCUCGCAGGCACCAAACGCGGUGAGGUGUCCACAGAACCUCCUCCUCGCUCCUGGAUACCUCUGCAGGAACCAGACCGGACACGACCAGCAGCUCUUUUCUCAGUAAUGUGCUACAACGUUCUGUGUGACAAGUAUGCCACGCGUCAGCUCUACGGCUACUGCCCAUCCUGGGCCCUAAACUGGGACUACAGGAAGAAAUCCAUCAUGCAGGAGAUCCUCAGCUGCAGCGCAGACAUAAUCAGUCUACAGGAAGUGGAAACAGAGCAAUACUACAGUUACUUCUUGGUGGAGCUGAAGGAGCAGGGAUACGAGGGCUUCUUCAGCCCCAAGUCCCGAGCCAGGACCAUGUCGGAAUCGGACCGCAAACACGUGGAUGGAUGCGCCAUCUUCUACAAAACUGAGAAGUUCAGUCUGGUGCAGAAACACACAGUGGAGUUUAACCAGUUGGCCAUGGCUAACUCUGAGGGGUCAGAGGCCAUGCUGAACAGGGUCAUGACCAAGGACAACAUUGGUGUGGCCGUACUGCUUGAGCUACGCAAGGAAAUGAUGGAGCAGUCUGCUGGGAAGCCCUUACACGGCAUGGAGAAACAGCUCCUCCUAGUGGCCAACGCUCACAUGCACUGGGACCCAGAGUACUCGGACGUGAAGCUGGUGCAAACCAUGAUGUUCCUGUCAGAGGUGAAAAAUAUCGUGGACAAGGCUACACGCAGCCUGAAGCUUUCGUCUGUUUCCGGGGAAACCAACGCCAUCCCACUCGUUCUGUGUGCUGACCUCAACUCCCUGCCUGACUCUGGUGUGGUGGAGUAUCUGAGUACAGGAGGCGUGGACAUCACCCAUAAGGACUUUAAGGACCUGCGCUACAUCGACAGCCUGACAAACUUCAACUGCAACGGCAAAAACGGGUCAUCCAGCAGCCGGAUCACGCACGGCUUCAAGCUGAAGAGCGCCUAUGAGAACGGCCUGAUGCCUUACACCAACUACACCUUCGACUUCAAGGGCAUCAUCGAUUACAUCUUCUACUCUCAACCUCUGCUCAACGUGCUGGGUGUUCUUGGCCCUGUGGAUCCACACUGGCUCCAUGAGAACAAUAUCACCGGAUGCCCCCACCCCCACAUCCCCUCUGAUCACUUCUCCCUUUUUGCACAACUGGAGCUGGUCCUGCCCUACCCGCCCGCCGUCAAUGGAAUCCACCUGCCCGGGCGCAGGUAGUUCUCCGAGCCACUAGGGGGAGUGCUCUCUCGCUCCCACGGCAGAGAAGCAAACUGUGGUGCGUGUGUGUUUGC